AGCAUAAUGUUACUCUGCUAUAGUUCUAGGCGGAGUGCCUUUAACAAAAUGGCAUCACUGGCCAACAGCCUAACCAACAUUGACGGCAAGGAUGUUUGUGGCAUUUGUGGACAGAAAUUAAAUGGAAAGGAUCCAAGAAUGUUAGCCUGUUCACAUGGAUUCUGCAAAGGCUGUCUUCAUAGAUUAUGUAAAAAACUGACUUUGAAAAAAUCGGAUAACUUUUGUUGUCCCGUUUGUAAAAAAAUUGACUUUUGGCCGUCUCUUGGCUGUUUAGGAUUUCCUAAAAUGUUCUAUUCAUCAAACGAUAUUAGAAAAUUAUCUAAGGAUUCAAGCACAGAGAGUUUACAAUCUAGACAAUCGAGUUGUACCAUUUCAAGAAAAUCUAGUUACGAAAGUAUGGAUACUGAAUCUCAAAGUAAAAUUAGUGUUAGUUCAAACGAAUCUUUAGAUAUGGAAAAGUUCAACAAAGAAAUCGCCAGAUUACAUGAAUAUUUAGACGUCGCUCAAGUUGAAAUAGAAUUUAAACUACAAAAACAUCUUCAAAAAGCCCACCAAGAAAUAGACAGGCAAGGAGUGGUCUUGAAAGAAAAAAUAAAUAAUAUCUUUGAGAAGAAACGUUCAAAAGUUCACGAGCUCAAUGAUAAUUUAGAAUCAGUUAAACACUCGAAAGGUUCAGACAAGUCUAAAAGGAGUAAAGUAUUGGCCGAAUUCGAAGAGCAAAGAAAGAAGAUAUUAUCAAAAGAAAUCUCAUUAAAAGAAUAUAAAUUAUGCUUAUCUGACAUUUCAACAACAAAUAAAGCUCAGUUAAAGAUCGGUCGAACGAAUAUUCAAUUAAGUCAUAUUCAAUAUGUUGGAGGAAUGGCAAUCUAUAAUAACUUCUUGUUUAUUGCCCAAUACGAAAACAUGUACCCAAAGAAAACAGUGCUAUGUAAAUAUACUUUGGACGGAAAGUUCAUUGAAGAAAUGUGCUCAUUAUACUCAGAAAUUGCUGCUAUAGUUAUAAACUACGAAGGAAACUUUUUUCUCUCAGACGUUACUAAUAAACAAAUUCUACACUCACCAAACGGCAGACUUUUUACGGAAUUCACAAGCGUUUCGGAAGCUGUUGGCUUGUCAACGUAUUUAGAUGACACGUUCGUCUCUUCGUUUAUCGAAACAGAGGAAAAGUACAAAGUACAUGUUUAUAAAUUUAGUUCAUCUGGGAAAAAAAUAUGGCUUUACAAAAGUGACGAAAACUCUGUAUGGAAACUGGCCAGUGAUCAAACGAAAGUUGUUGUUAUACAUCCAAAAGAUGACAAAAUUACAAUACUAAAUACCUUUACUGGUAUGCGUAUGAGAUAUAUUAAUUUAGAAAAGGAUCUACAUCCUUUAGGUUUAUGCAUUUUACCGUCGGGUGGCUUUGUUGUUUCAUAUAUGACUGGUUCUUGCCUAGGCGUUUUUGACGCUCACUACCGUCAUGCUACAGAUUAUAAGGUGGAUAAAUUUCCUGUUGAUUUGACCCUAUUAAAUGACAUCUAUAAUAAAUAUAUAUAUAUAAAUCAUGUGUCGAAUUUAAGGACAAACGUUAUUAAAGCUAUAAGAUUCGAUGAAUCUGUUGUGUUAAGGAAUACAAAAUGUCAGUAAUUGUUUAAAACAAGGCUACAUUUUUUUUAUUUAUUAUAAUUUCUCUUUUUAUGUUUUGUUUGAACAUAUAAAAGAUAUUCAAUUUGAUCUCUUUUUAUAUUUUAUUCGUUUUUUCUUUUAAGCAAUAAAAUCUGCAAACAUUCCAUUUAAAACUAGUAUAAACUUAUAAAAAUUAUCUUAAUUAUCUUUUCUUAGUAGCAGUCAUUUUUGUAUUUUUUUUAAUUUUUAGGUAGUGGAAUAUCAGCCCGUUGUAUUAUCGUCCUCUUCAGUAUUUAAUUUCAAAAUAUAAAUGUUAUUAAUAGAAUUUUCCUUCCCUUCUCCUAGUAAAUCCAAGAAUAAAGCCCAAAACCAUAUUCUGUUUAGAAAAAAAUGUAGUUUUUUAUAAAAAUCUGUCAGUUUAUAAAACUGGGACAAAAUAUUUCUCCUAGAGUAUGAUUCAUUUGUAAUUGAUAAGAUAACUUAUACAUAUUGAUAUUAAACGGUUAAGUACAGAAAGAAUAGGAAGGCGUACAGUACAUGCUGUAAAGCUGUAAAAGAACCAGAAGAAUGAACCGAAUGAACAGAACUCAAGAGUGUUUCACAUUAAAACCUCUGGGCUCUACAAAUGAUUGUACAAAAUCUUGUUUCACCCUAUGCCACCCGUAUUUACAAGACGAACAAAAUUGUAAAAAGUUUUGUUCUCUUUUCUGGGAAAAAUGUCGGUUUGUUUAUCAGACAAACGAAUGUGAAAAACCGAAAGAAUGCUUCGGUAGUUUGGAUAUUGUUUUAAUUAUUGGAUUUUCAAUUUUUGGACUAUUGUUAGUAAUAGCCUUUGGAUGUUUCUUUGGUUAUUGUAAGAAGAAAUGCUGUAAAAGUAAGGAAGAGAAAGACUACUUGAAUAGCAAACAAUUGGACUAUUGAGAAAUUAGUUUAUCAAUUAAAGUACAAGUAGUGUUUUACGUUUGGUAUUUUUUUGCAUAUGAUUUGUGUUCCUAUUCCUAUCAGUGUGUAUCAUAAAUUUUUGAAUGUUCGAUUAUCGAAUAUUGAGUUUUGUGAAGUUAAUAAAUCAAUAAAAAUUAUUUUAAAUACUUAC